CGAGAAGGAAGGCGUGCGAGCCGCAGUGGCAGCCUUCCCGGAGACCCACAGGUCUCCCGAGCUGGAGCCUGGAGGCCUAAGUUGAUUGGUGAAACUGUGGAUGUCGCCCCACUCGCUGGCAGACGUGGGGCGCCGGGAUCUCUUUUGGGUCCGUGCUUAGGGAUUUCAUGGUCGCUCAAGAAAAGUUUCCGCUCAGCGACGGCUUCAAGCGCGUGCCAUAUCUGAAGACCGUCAAGACGUUGCGAGCCGUCGUUCCUGGCAUGACUCUCGGCCGCAAACAUUUUCAAGUGGCACCUCAUCGAUAGGUAAGCCAGUUUGAACCGGCGCUUACCCCUUUCGCAGCGCGGAUGAAAUCCCUACGGUUACAAUCUGCUUUGGGGCUCUUGUUCCGACCCUGCACAAUUCCCUCGGUCACCGCACCGGGGCUUUGGGCCCAGGCGAGAUGGACGCAUAAGAGCGCCGAGCCUCCCACCGUCCCGACGCCAACUCCAUUCGUUCCCGACGUCGACACAUUCCUCACCCUGAUCGGCCGGGGCUUGAAACAACACGCAUCCAAAUUUCCCAGCUGGGACGCGCUCUUCACCCUCACUUCCGAUCAACUCAGAGAGCUCGGCUUAGAGCCUCCGAGGGCAAGACGAUAUUUGCUAAGGUGGAGGCAGCGGUUCCGGGAAGGCAAAUACGGCAUUGGAGGCGAUGUGAAACACGUCGAGAAUGGCACGGCAAUUUUGAAGGUUCGCGAAAUCGACUUGAACCCUUUCACUCGCAUAAGGCACGUCGUCAACGUACCCGCCGGCAAGAGGGUCGACGACGUGCCGGACUCGGAACUGGUCAGGGUGCGUGGCUACUCGGUCAAAGGGUCUCGCACUAUCGUCGGUCCGCACAUUCAAACUAUCAAGGGCGGCGGGGUCCGCCUGAGUGUGAAGGAGGGUCUCUGGGAGGACAAGAGAGGACACAAGGUCGACGGAGGUGAAAGGAGACGGGCCGAGGUCCGCUUCAAGAGACGGGUAGCGGAGCGCAAGGCGCAACGCGAGGCCCAAGGCCUCUACUAGAGACAAAUAUGGGCUCGGCUGGCAGGUGUAUCAUGAGCAGCUGCAUGUUCAGUUGGCUGCGCUUGGUGAACAAUGCAUGUAGAUUUGUAUAUUAGUAGAGUUCACCACCCUAAAUGC